AAAGGAAGAAAGAAAGAAAGGGAACGCGCCAAACAGUCGUCGGAAAACACCGAGGACCUUCACAGCUGAGUAAAGGACAAAAAUGUUUUCAGUCGAGAAGUUUAGAGAUGUCGACGAGCGGCCAACUGCUGCAGCCGAGGAAAUCUGUGACGAUGCUACAAGAGCUGCCGACGAGGACGAGGCAGAGAUCAACCGUCAGCGCAGAAUGCUGGUUAUCUUUCUGAAACCUCACAUCCGCUUACACAGAAUAGACGUCACACAGCAUCAUGUGUGUAAGGAGGAGGAGGCAGAGCAGGAGCUCUGUCACCAGGAGAGGAAGUCCAGUCUGGACCAGGAGGAACCAGAGCCUCCACAGAUUAAAGAGGAGCAGGAGGGAGAACAGCUCAAACAGGAGGAAACUGACAUGUUGAUAAUGACUCCUACUAAGGAGGAAAGUGAAAACAGAGAAACAGAUGGACAACAUGAACACCAGAUCCUUUCUCACAACUCUCAUGUUUCUAAGAAUCAAGAUCCCAAAGAGAACGAGCAAAAAGACUCAGAGAUAACUGUAAAACCAAAACAAAGACAAAAGAGAGACAGAGAACACACAGGUGAGAAGCCUUACUCCUGCAGCACCUGUGGAAAAAGAUUUGGUCAGAAGUCACAUUUGAAUCUGCACAUUCUUGUUCACACAGAUACAAAGCCAUACACCUGUGGUGACUGUGAGAAAUCAUUCAAACAUAAAUUUAGUUUGGACCAGCACUUAAAAAUCCAUACAGGUGAAAAACCACACACCUGCACAAUGUGCAGCAAAUCUUUUAGACUAAAACAUGAGUUGACAGUCCACAUGAGAAGACACACAGAUGAAAGGCCUUACUCCUGCACCAUCUGUGGAAAAAGAUUUGGUCAGAAAUCACAUUUGAAUCUGCACAUUCUUAUUCACACAGGUACAAAGCCGUACACCUGUGGUGACUGUGAGAAAUCAUUCAAACAUAAAUUUAGUUUGGACCGGCACUUAAUAAUCCAUACAGGUGACAAACCACACACCUGCACAAUGUGCAACAAAUCUUUUAGACUAAAACAUGAUUUGACAGUCCACAUGAGAAGACAUACAGAUGAAAGGCCUUACUCCUGCAGCACCUGUGGAAAAAGAUUCUGUGAGAAAUCAAAUUUUAAUAAUCACAUUCGCACUCACAGAGUUAAAAAGCCAUACACCUGUGGUACCUGUGAGAAAUCCUUCUCACAAAAAUCUACUUUAGACCAGCAUUUAAAAAUCCACUCAGGUGAAAAACCACACACCUGUACAAAAUGUAACACAUCUUUUAGACAAAAAUGUGAGUUGACAGACCACAUGAGAACACACAUAGGUGAGAAGACUCACUCCUGCAGCACCUGUGGAAAAAGAUUCUUUACGAAAUCACAUUUGAAUCAGCACAUUCAUACUCACACAGGUACAAAGUCGUACACCUGUAGUACCUGUGGAAGAUCAUUCACAACUAAAUUUACUUUAGCCCAGCAUUUAAAAAUCCAUACAGGUGAAAAACCACACACCUGUACAAUGUGCAACAAAUCUUUUAGACUAAAAAAUGAUUUGACAGUCCACAUGAGAACACACACAGGUGAGAAGCCUUACUCCUGCAGCACCUGUGGAAGAAGAUUCAGUAAGAAAUCACAUUUGAAUAAGCACAUUCUUACACACACAAAUACAAAUCUCUACACCUGUGGUGACUGUGGAAGAUCAUUCACAAAAAAAAAUAACUUUAAAAGCCACAUUAAAAUCCAUACAGAUGAAAAACCACAAUGUGCAGCAAAUCUUUCAGAAAUAAAAGUCAUUUGACAUUCCACAUGAGAACACACAGGUGAGAAGCCUUACUCCUGCAGCACCUGUGGAAAAAGAUUUGGUGAGAAAUCAAAUUUCGAUAAGCACAUUUGUUCUCACACUGGUAUAAAGCCGUACACCUGUGGUACCUGUGGAAGAUCAUUCACACAGAAAUGUUUUCUAGUGAUCCACGUAAAGAUCCAUUCAGACAAUAAUGGUUAAACUUCAUUAACAUGUGACAGAUCUCUCAGAAUUGGUGCUGGCUGAUGGUUGAUGAGAGAAGAACUGACACUGCUGAGAAGCUGUAGCUUUGAUAUCUGAGAUCUGUUAAAAAAGCGACUUUGACUCCUCUACUUUUUCAUGACUAAUGCUAGGUCACGUUACUGUUUAAGUUACCUGUUACUUGUAUUGACGUCCCCCAUCACAAACAGCUCUCUACUAUCAUUACCAACAUCUUUGCACAUAGCACCCCUGUCGGCCACCUUCUACUCUUACAAUCUCAAGCAUCUUCAGCUGAAUUCCUCACUGCCCCGCUGUGCCAUCAAGAGACAACAAGGAAAGCAUAAUCCCACUGUGUCCUCUCCCAGACACGAGGGCUGAAAGAUAUAUUGUUAUCAUAUCUAUAUCAGGAUAUAAACAUUCAAGAUUUUAAUAUCGCAAAAAAAAUUAAUGAUAUCGGGAUAUAUUUUCCCUGCUCGCCCAUAUCGUUCAACCCUACCGGACACCCACCCGUCCUGCCAUGAUUCCAGUCAGAAUCAGUGACAGGAGGAUUGUGAAAUCUAGAUGGGCUGUGAGCAAUCUUGGUAAUCAUGUUAAAUAUCAAAUUCAAAUGAAAACUGCAGCAAAUCAGACUCCACCACCCCCACCUGCUGCUUGGAAUUGGCCGUCCUUGAUGUUAGAUCCUUGGUUAUCAGCAUUUCUGCUUAAUGACAUCAUUCAUGAAAAUAAUGCGGACUGCAUCAUUCUUACAGAAACAUGGCUUCAUGCAACAGAUAACAACGAGCUGAUUGAACCACCACCUACUGACUUUAAAUAGGGGGGUAACUUUGCUUGAAUUGUUGAUUGUGUAGUGUAAUCAAGGCCUAAAUCUGCUGCUGCCCUACAACCCUGUCUUAAUGUCAGCAGGGUUUCUAAAAGGGGGAAGGACUUUUCACCCAUGUCUACCAACUACUAGGGGUGUGACGAGACACUUAUCUCAUGAGACCAGACAAGAUUUUGCCCCACGAGACGAGACUAAAUUUUACACUUUUUUUUUAUUUUGGAAAAAAAAAAUACAUGGGUGGAUAAUAUGUCCUUUAUACAACUGAAAGUCAUAAUUGCAACGCAUUCAGGUCUAUUAAAAAAUGUUUGAAUUAAGUACUGAAUAGGCUAUUAAUGCUUCCACAGAGUAUGUUUUGUCUAAAUUUGACUUAAACUACAUUUUAAUGCUCUUCAAAUCAAACCUUUCAUUUUAACAGUCACCAAAAGCUUUAAUUUACUACACUAUGCUCUCAGCGCUACAAUUACAAUAACUAUUUUUUAAUAUUAUACUUAAUUAUGUAUAAUAUAUGCAUUUAGAUUAUUUUUAAAGUACUUUAUGCAAUGUUAACAAAAGAAAUAUAAGGAGCUGCAUCAGUAAAAUCAAACUAUUUUUCAUCCUCUUUAAGGACAUCCAUAUUUUAAACACUCAAAAUAAAUCUUUAAGUCAAUAACACGUAAUUUAAAGAAAUAGAAUAUUGUGUCAUUUUGUGGUAUUUGUUCUCAUAUGAGCUGUAACAGUGUUGAACAUGAUGCACAGAUGAGCGUGUGUGUUAAUGUGUGUACGUUGGUGAGUGAGUGUGUGUCUCUGUCUGCUGUCAUACAACAAACAGGGCAUGUUUACCGCUGCAGUAUGCAGACCCGUUGCGCUACAUAUGUUAAGCUUCUGACUGAUCAUACGCACAGCCAACAGCUGAUGGUGGUGUGACUGACAGACGGUGAGGUGGGUAGGAGAAAUGACAAAGCCACGACUCAAAGUUACAAAGUCACAAAUAGCGGCAUUACAAGCGAGUCUGUGCACAUACACAAACUAAAUAAAUGCUGUAUUCUCCUCAUGGAGAUUGCACAGGCUAUCAGUUCACACCGUUAAUGAUGAUGCAUAGGCAGAUCAUGUGCAGCCCAAGUAGCGCACGCGAAGGGGUGGUUGGAGCAGUCAUCUUAAUGGAUACUGGAUUUCCUCGUUUGCUCUCUCACCAAGUUUCAUAGUGUCCAGGGCAUGUUUGUGAUCUUUUAUAACGUCCAGUUCGGUAGUUUUCUGUAAGGAGAGCUGCUGCUCCAAGUGUAGGCGCAAUAUUGAUCUUGCGAGAUUGAUUUUUCCACGACGAGAAAUCUCGUGGCAUUUUGAUCUCGCGCCACGAGAUCUCGUCACACCCCUACCAACUACCCAUCCUUGUUUAUGAACCUUUCACACCUAAAAAGCUUCUUAGACAGGAAGACGCUGGACCUGACACUUUGAAUAAAUGACAGAUCCCCAAGAGAGAUCAACACCAUUGAGUUGGAGAUAUCUGAUUGGAUGGCUGAAUCAAAGCCAUCUCACCUAGGUCUGUGUCUUAGCAGAGCCAUAAAACUUUGACCUUCUUGAACUGACGAAUCGUAAAACGAAACUUUUGUACUUCUAAACAAUAAAACCAGAUGAUGAUUGUAACUUACUCUUGUUUUCUCUGCAAGACUCAAACUGUGUGAGCUGGAAGUCCCAUAACUACUGUAAACAUAUUUUUCAACAAGAAAUAUUUAUAUUCAUUUGAAGUAAUUUAGUUUAGUUAGUUUAUUCAACUAUGACACAACACCAAACAUUUGCACAGUAUUGACAUUUCAAACAAAAUCAAUAGUCAUGUGUUGAAUAAUGACUGAAAAGGCAUAGGCAGAAGCAAACUGCUUAUAAAAGCUUAUCCUACAUUUUCAACUAUUUUAGCUACCAACUUCCAGAAAAGCAAAGAAACAACAACAGAUAAUCAGUAACACUUAUGAAAGCUUCAAAAAUAGCUUUACAAACCAUUUUCUUGAAAACCAAAAGACAAUGACAUAUUUUUGAAUUUAUAUUGGCAUCAUUCCAGAAUUUAACUCCAACUAUGGAAACACAUCUCCUUUUCAUACCUUUUUUAGCUUUUUGUACAAUAAAUUUACAAACACCUCUGAGAUUAUACGGACUCUCCUGAAUUGAAAAGAACCUCUGUACUGAGUCAGGGAGCAUUUUUGACUUGGCUCUGAACAUAUUUUGCAUUAUUUUAUAAUAAAUCAUAAAAUUUCACAACAUGAGAAUUUAGAAAAAGUGGAUCCCUGUGAGCAUAAUAGUCGGCCUUAUUCAUGAUACGUAUGGCUCGUUUCUGCAGUUUGAUUAUUAAAUUUAUGGUAGUUUUAAAGGUGGAUCCCACAAUUCCACACAAUAAGAUAUAUAGAGAACAAUUAAUGAGCAGUAGAUUAAAUGCAAGGCCUUAGAAUUUAAUACAUUUUUGGUUUUAUACAGGAUUGCAAGUGACUUUGAAAUUUUCCCUUUAAUGUAUUCAGUAUGUUGUUUCCAUGUUAACUUUUGGUCGAUGACAACCCCAAGGAAUUUGGUCUCAAAAACUCUUUCAAUGUCAACAUUACAGAUUUUUAAUUUAAUAUUACAAUCACUUUCCUUUAAAUUCACGAAAAACCAUAAAUUUCGUUUUCUUAAUAUUUAAAGAUAAUUUAUUGACGUCAGACCAAGUUUUGAGAUUCUCCAGCUCCCUUUUUACACCACACAAAAGGUCUUUUAAAUUCUUACCAGAGCAAAACGAAUAUGUAUAACCUGCAAAUAUUACGUAUCUAAAAAAAUCAGUCACAUUGCAAAUGUCAUUGAUAUAAAGAAUAAACAGUAUUUGACCAAUCACCGAUCCUUGUGGUACACCACAGGCAAUCUUUCUAAAUGCUGACACAGGGUCAUUAAUUUGUACACACUGGUGUCUAUUAUCUAAAUAACUUUCCAGCCAAGAAUGAACAACCCCCUCGUAUCCCAUACAUCUUUAAUUUUUUUAAUAACUGUCUGUGAUCUAUGGUAUCAAAAGCCUUCUGCAGAUCAAUAUACAGACCAAUAGAACACUCAUCAUUUUCAUAUGCAUUUGCUAUUUCUUCAACCAUUUACAUUACUGCAAAAGCAGUAGUUCUGCUUUCUCUGAAUCCGUACUGAUUUUCACUUAAUUUAUUUUUACAAAUAAACAAAUUUAGUUGUGUCACAAACAAUUUCUCUAGAAUUUUAGAAAAUUGUGGCAGAAGUGAUAUUGGUCUGUAAUUUCCAAAUGGUAUUUAUCUCCUUUUUUUAAAUUGGGAUCACCUUUGCUAACUUCAUCUUGUUAGGAAAGAUUCCUUUUUGGAAAGACAGAUUACAUACAUAGGUCAAAAGUCUGACAAUAUAAUCAAUAACAUCUUUAAUAAUUACUGUAUCAAUAGAAUGUAUGUUGACUGAUCUCUUAUUUUUCAAUUUUCUUACAAUUUCAAUAAUAUCAGUUUCAUGUACCCCACUUAGAAACAGAGAACCAACAUUAGUGUUUAUCAAAUUAUUAAACAUAUUUUUGUUGUCAUCAGAUACAGUAAUCUGUCUCGCCAAAGAAGCUCCAACAUCUACAAAGUAGUCGAUUAGCUCGUCAACAAUAUUUUUCAAAUCGUCCACUCUAUUAUUAGUUUUAUUUGUAAAAUAAUCUGGAAGUUAUGAUGUAUUACUUUUAUUCUGAAUAAUAUGAUUGAUUACCUUCCAAGUUUUUUGUAUGUUAUUUUUACUGUCCUCCAGUAUUUUACUGUAGUAUUCCUUUUUUUUGAGUCCUCAUAAUGGUAGUUAGUUUGUUCUUAUAGUAGCUUACAUGGAACACCACAAUAUGUUGCAUAUUCCUCUAGCAUGUAAUAUGACAGAGAAAUUCAUUUGUGAUUUUAAUUCAGAUGUCUUCCAUGGACCAACAGUGCCAUCUACUGUCCAGAAUCGGUCACACAUACAUCAACACGUGACAAAUUCCCUUUGUGUCUUCACACUUAAAUGUUGCAUAGCUGGCCAGCUAUGUUGUUUCAUGUUUAACUGUGUGACAGUUUAAUUGAUGAUUCAUUGAUGCUUAAUAGAUGAAUUUUAUAACCAUUUAUGCUAUUCCUACAUGAUCUUAUUGAAUUACUAAUUUGUUGACGAGUGGGUCACAAGGUGACAUUUGAUCUCCCAGAGGAGGGAAAACCCAGUUGGAGUUUGCCCCAAUUUUUUAGACUUCUCUGAUCCAACUCAUUUGGGUUGACAGUGUCUCCAAUAGUUCCAUUAAAACAAUUAAUUAGUUCAGAUCUUUUUUUUUUUUUUUUUUUUUUAAAAUUUACAUCCCAAAUUCUGGGCUGUUAAUUAUUUUUGCUUUAUUUUCAAAUCAUCCACUCUCCAUCAAACUAGAGUAGCAUCAUUCCUUUAUUAUCACAUUUAGUCAUUUUCUGUUUAUUCACUCAUGUGGCUAAUAUUCAUAUUGGCCACAUGAUAUACAUGCAUUGUGCUCUGUGAUUAAAUAAUAAAUCUUCAGAACAUCAAUUGUUGUCCAAAAAUCAUUAUUAAGUUGGGAAGUGGAGUCACUGUUAAGAUGAGUUAUUACUUAAAAUAUGAGAUUGAUUAAUAAUUAAUAAUUAAUUAAUUAAAAUUUGUAUUGGUAAUUAUAAUUUUUAAUUGGUUUUGAAAUAACCAAUCCACAUAAGUGGUGGUGCCCUGUUAUUAUUGAUAGUAUUCUAGGUUUACUGAUAAUAUUUAUUAUCACUUUGUAUCGCUACAAUUGCUUUUGUUUGUUUUUUAAUCUUCUGUAAAGCACAUUGAGUUUCCACAACUCUAUGUAAUGUGCUUUACAAAUAAAGUUGAAUUGAAGUUAUGUUACCAGAGUACUGCCAUUUAGGGAUGGGCAAUAUGGACUAAAAAAUGUAUCAUGAUAUUUUGCUGUAUUUAUUGCGAUAACGAUAUAAAUCCCAAUAAAAAGAUAGCACCAUUCAACACAACCUUUUUGACUGAAUGCAGCUUAAUGCAGCCUUGA